GGCUGGUGUGUUGCAUUCCUGCUUGGCAGGUGGCCUGGGGAUAGCUGGUAGAGGUAGCUCCUGCUUUUGGGGGUUAUGGGUAUCCGUGUCUUUUCAGCAUACCUGCCGUGGGGAGGGUGAAGAAAGCUGUGUGCAGUAGCUUGUGUGCCUGGGAAAGCCAGAAGGAGUCUCUGCUUGUAUGGGCGGAAAAAAGACUCUCACAGAAUGCUUGUUGCUGUUCACAGACUGCCAUCAUCCCAUAAUGAAGUUAAUUUCACAACAUCUGCAGCACCUUGGUAUCUGAAUUUCCUUAUGAGAAGUGCCCUCCCUGCCUCUCAUGUGCAGUUCUACCUGUCCAUGGGUAGCACCAGCUUAACUAAUGUCCUGAAGAGCAUUCCUCACCAUGGAUAGUCCACCCAAACUGACUGGUGAGACGCUGAUUGUCCAUCACAUUCCCCUGGUGCAUUGCCAGGUUCCUGAUAGACAGUGCUGCUCCAUGAGCAAAAGGACCAACCCCUUCUGCCAGCCAGAGCUCAGCAUCACGCAGACCUCUGCCCUUCCAGACAGAGACCUUUCACAGACUGACUCCUUGGUAUAUAGCAGCUUUCUUCAGACCCCUGAAACCUCAGCAGAGGCCUCAGACAACAAAGAAGGCAAAGCAAGGGGCUCGAUUCUCCCUAGUGUCAGUAAGCGACACAAUCCUUUCCUGCUGAGUGAGGGUGAAGACCUCAGCAUCUUUGGGGAUGAUUUGGGGCAGAAAUCUUUCCAUCUUCACAACUCACUUGUGGCUGGGAAACCUCCCUUUCACCUGCACGAGCUGGCCUUGCCCCCAUUCCACCUCCACGACUCUAACCACAUUGUGAAAUCCUGGAACAUGGCCAGCCGGUCCGCCGUGGUGGAUGGGCAAGAGGACAAAAGCAACAGUCAUGACAUCCAGAAGAGGAACAACGCAAACAGGUGCCACCCAACCUCAGAACACAUGGAGCUGGAUGAAUGCAGCUGCCAUCGUGGCAGCUCCUCCAACUUCUCCUUCGAUGGUGGGGAUCAGGAGUGGAACCAGAACACGGGAGAAGUGCUGAGGAAUGAGGAUGCCCUGAACGGCCGGACAUGCAGCUGUUCCAGCUCGGAGCUCCAGCACUGCCGAUGCUACAGUUCAUCAAGUCAGUCCGAAGUGACUGACCAGCAGAUAGGCUACAUCAGCGACUCUUCCUGCAACAGCUCUGAUGGGGUGCUGGUGAACUUCAGUGCUCUCUACAACAAAAUGAAUAGUCAGUCUCGCUCUAACCUGAAUUCAGCCAACCUGUCCUGUGACUCUUCCUUCUGCAGCCACUCAGACACAGGAGCUUUUUACCUGGAUUUGCAUUCAUCACCCACAGAAUCCAAGAUGUCUUGUGAGUCACAUCACCAAGAGAGUUCAGGGAAGGUGUGUGGGUGUCAACACUCCUCUUCACCUGUCCUAGAUGCUAACUGCAACUCCUACCACCUCCACUGUGAGCCUUGCACUUUAGAGAGCUCAGACCUCACUGCCUGCUUCCAGAGCCAAGCACGGCUCGUUGUGGCUACGCAGAAUUAUUACAAGUUAGUCACGUGUGACUUGUCUUCCCAGUCAUCCCCCAGCCCGGCAGGAUCUUCCAUAACUAGCUGCUCAGAAGAUCAUACCAAAGGUAGCCCAGUCCAGCCCACUGAGUACUAUCUGUUUAGAAGGCCUGACCUGAGAGAAGAAAGCAACGUGGAACACAGUGAGGAGGAGGCAAAGCAGGAAUCCACCCAGAACAUGAUUGAGGGUCAGGUCUAUGUGAACGUUUCACCACCCAACCUCAACGCAAGCCGGCAGCGCUCCAGAAGCUACGAUCAGAACCUGGACAGGAGUCCCAGCAGCAGGCUGGGCUCCUUGGAGCGCAUGGUGAGCUGUCCAGUCAAGCUGAGUGAAAGCCCAGCCAUACCCAUCCAGAGUUCUCCCCCGAAGCGAGUGACAUCCUUUGCUGAACUGGCUAAAGGCCGUAAAAAGAAUGGCACAUCCCCACCACUCCGUUCCAGUGGUGAUUCCUCCCUGGAGUUCUCCCCUAUCCCUGAGGCACAGCGGGAUUGCCCAACCCUCCUUGAAGAAAGAGCUCGUCGGAGCCAGAGUCUUCCACCCAUGCCCUUCAUCCACGGCUUGAACCGGAGCUGUGAAGGCUUCUGUGUGAAUCACAAUUUUGGGGACAGCCAGGCUUUGUGUUCCACCAAAGACUCUGUCUCCAGUGAGAAAGUCUUCAGUGGGCAUGGGGCAGGUGAGCAAGCCUCUCUCUCCCUGCUGACGGAGGUAGAUGCCAGCUUCUCAGGUGGCUCUGCCAGUGGCCAUGGACAAAGAGAUGUUAGAGCCUGCGCAGACGGUGGUGGCACAGACAGCAAGCCUGUGGUACGCUACAGCAAGGACCAGCGUCCCACAACUCUGCCCAUCCAGCCCUUUGUUUUCCAGCACCAUUUCAGCAAGCCAGCCAAGGCCCGUGCCCUGCACAGCCAUUUUGCCUCCAGCCUUUCCCAGCUCUACAGUUUGUCCAGCAACCGACCUGCCAGCCAGCAGAUCUCUUCCAGUAACCAGUCCUCAACUUCAGCCACCUUGGCAGAGCAGGCAGCAGUGGCAGGGAGCCAAGUCCACAGCACGCUCCUGACCCAGCGCUCAGCAGAUGGAGCUGUCUCCCGAAACGAUGGCUGUGCUAAGAAGCCGACCCCUGAGACAACCCGGCCAUCCCCCCUGGGCAGUUACUCUCCUGUGCGGUGCAACGUGCCUUUCUUUCAAAGUGGGGACUCCUCUUCCUCACCCACCAUGGAGAGAGCUGGAGAGAGCCAGCCCCCCCGGAGCCGGUCCUGCCCUAUCUCUGCCAGCCUGCUUCCCACGAGGUCUUCCCCUGCUGUCAGCGCCAUGCAGCCCUCCCAGGUCACCAAAGCUGAUGCGCUGAGGCAAAAGGAGAACCCCAAGAUGAUUCCCAAGAAGGAGGCAUCGCUGGAGCCAAGCCCACCACUCUCUGAGUACCGACUCCACAGUGGGUCCCUCCCACCCCUCUCAGUGGGUGGUAUGCCCUUGAACAAAGUAGGAGGCCAUGCAGAUCCCCACUGGAGAAGUGGCAGUGAGACCAGCAGCUCUGGUCCCCUGAACAGCAUAGGAAUGCGGGCUCUCAAUGCGAACCACCUCUCUCCCCAAGCGCUGAAGUGGCGAGAGUACAGGCGGAGAAACCCCCUGGGCCUGGACCGCAUUUCAGGGCUGCCCAGCUUAGCAGGCAGCCUAGACAGGAGGCAGCAAGAGCCUCAUCUGAACCAGGGGAAUUCCAUCUUUGAGCUCCCUGGGACUCUCAACACCAGCCAUUUCCACUGCAAGCUCAACGGACAGUCUAUGAGGCAACUCCAGCUUACCUACACUGACUUCUUCCCUGACUACUUCUCGCUAGCAGAGAAACCUCCUGCUGAGUUCUGCCUCUCCCCAGAUGGCAACACAGAAUCCAUCUCCAUUGACUUGCUGCAGAAGAAGGGUCUGGUGAAGGCAAUCAACACUGCUGUCGACCUGAUCGUGGCUCACUUUGGAACCAGCAGGGAUCCAGGGGUGAAGGCCAAACUUGGGAACAGCUCUGUGAGCCCCAAUGUGGGCCAUCUCAUCCUGAAAUACCUGUGCCCUGCUGUCCGAGACAUUCUGAGUGAUGGGCUCAAGGCUUACGUCCUGGACAUGAUCAUUGGCCAGAGGAGGAACAUCCCCUGGAGCGUGGUGGAGGCAUCCACUCAGCUAGGCCCCUCUACCAAGCUGCUGCACAGCCUCUACAGCAAGAUCAGCCAAUACACGGAGCUCACCAACCACACCAUGAGAUUCAAUGCAUUCAUCUUUGGCCUCCUCAAUAUCAGAUCCUUGGAGUUCUGGUUCAACCACCUCUACAACCAUGAAGAUAUCAUCCUGGCACACUACCAGCCAGUGGGCUUCCUAUGCCUGUCCCACAGUGUGUGCCAGCCUCUUUUUGAGGAGCUGCUGCUCCUGCUCCAGCCUCUCUCCCUGCUGCCCUUUAACCUAGACCUCCUUUUUGAGCACCACCUGAUGCAAAUGGGCAAAGAGCAGCAGCAGCAAAAGGAGCUGCUGCGUGUGAAGCAGGACCUGCUGCUUUCUGCACACUCCACCCUGCAGCUGAUGCGGACACGGGCCAGCAGUGAGGAUCCCGAUGGCUGCAGUACCACCCCUGAAGCGUGCAAAGUGGGUGCCAGAGAUGGUGACAGCUCAGCAGGCCGCAGCACCCAUCAAGCUGUGAGUGAGAGGGUCAAAGGCGUGGGGGCCUCCUGUGGAGAUGGAGAUGGUGAUGGGGAGGAAGAGCAGAGGAAAGCACGAGAGAGCACAUGGGAGUUCCAGAAGGACAAGCAGGCAGGCUGGUGGUACCAACUCAUGCAGAGCUCUCAGAUUUACAUUGAGGGUUCAGCCGAAGGCUCAAAGUUCAUCCGCUACGAGAAGAAGGCAGCUUUGAAUGCUGCGCCCCGGUCAGCAGAGACCUGCAAGGCACCACCACCCCGGGAAGGAGUUGUGGAGGGUGCAGAGGCUUGUCCCAUUGCUGAGGGCACCCUGGAGGAGUGUACCAAGACUGCCAGCAAGCCAAGUCCUGAAGCUGUGGAAGAGUCCUUUGAAAAGCCCCAGCAGGUAAUGGUCAGUGAAGAGGUGAAGGAACGGAGCUGGCCCUUCUGGAUGGGCAGCCCCCCUGACUCGGUGCUUACAGAGCUGAAGCGCAGCAAGGAGAAGGAGAUGGGGGCUCAACAAAGAGUGGGAGCAGCAGCCCCCCAAGAGGAGAGCAGCAUCAGUGCAUCAGAGGGCAGCCAGCCCAUCAAGUGGGGACACUUGUUUGGGUCCAGAAAGAUGCAAAAGGAGACCAGGCAGCCUAACAGGCUGCCCUCCGGCUGGCUGAGCUUGGACAAAUCUGUGUUCCAGCUGGUGGCCCAGACAGUUGGGGCAAGCAUGUGGAGAGAACCAGCCCCUGAGCCAGAGCACCCACAGCCAGAGCCACCUGAAGUGCCCCCUGUUGUCCAGCUGGCCCAGGAGCUAUCUCCCCACCCUCCCUGUGAGGUGAAAGCUCUUUGCCAUCACAUUGCCACCGAGGCUGGACAACUGAGCUUUAAGAAGGGGGACAUCCUGCAGGUCAUCUCCAAGGUGGAUGGUGACUGGCUGCAGUGCAGCCUCGGCUCCGAGAAGGGACUGGUGCCCAUCAUGUAUGUUACCCACCCGGACAACGAGGACUAUUGAUAUGGCUGGGAGGCCAAGCACAGUACCGUGGGCUGCAGAGGCUCCUUUGGAGAAGCCCACCCUGCCAGAAGAACAGACACAGCUUCUUGCUAGUUUCUUACCUUUCUUGCCAUUACAGAAUACAAUAACCGUAGGUGGUUCCUUCCCUCUCCUCCUUGUGCAGCUGCCAAAGGCCACCUUGGCCCUUGGGCUCUUCUGCAAGCUGCACCUCCUAUUGUCAGGCAUUGCUGUGCAUGCAGCCACACUGGGGACUGCCUGAGUCCCCUCCACCCAAAGCCGUCUCCAGCAUCUAUAAGGCCAUGAACUCGUGUAUAGAGGAACCCAAGCAGCCCCUGCCAGGGCAGCACUACCCAGCCUAGUUUCAUGCUGGAGGUGCAGGAUGCUGGCUGUCCUCUCCCCGGGGGUGGCAGUGCAGUCUGCAGUCUUGAGCAUUGUCAGCCACAGGGAUGGAAGUAUUGUGGGUAGUGAAGGCUGGGUUGAUAGGUUGCAUUGCAGCUUGGUGGGGGGCUGCCAGGUAGGUUCCUUCACACUGGAGCUGCCCUGUCCUAAUGUGUUACAGUGGUGUCUGGUGGGUUGCACUGGGCCAAGUGGCCUGGCACUGCCACUCUGCAGGGCUGGGGCUGUGCCUGGCCAUGGCUGGAGGAAGGGCACGGGGGAUGUGUGUGCGUGUGUGGAGCAAAGGGGUGUGUGGGGUCAUGAGGAAGGCACGUGGAUGUUCAGUGUUACUUAGGUCCAGGAUUGGUAGUGCCACCCUGUGCAGAGAUGGGUGUUUUGGGGUUAGCCUCAAGCCCACCUCUCUGAGCAAGGAGACAGUGCCUGGGAAGCUCUGGAAUGCUCAGUUAAGGGGAUAUGGAGGGGAGGGGAAGAGGGCAGGGUCCCUGACUGAGCCAGGUAUGUUUUUUUGGAGUUAGGGGCAGUGCUCCUGGCCAGUAGCCUGGGGGGUGCUCCCAGAGGGAGCUGGGGAAUUGGGGAGGGAGGGAUGGUGUUUCCCUUGGCAUAGGGUUCCUGGUCUUGCUGAGCAGUGCCAUGGGGUGGGGGGUGACAAGUGUUGUGCAUGAGCACAAGGGGCUGCUGGGGUUCCUGGGGUCCUCAGUAGAAGCAAUGCCAGUCAACUCCUUCCUUACCAUGUUCAUGCCACCUGCUAAAGUGGGGAUAUUUACCUGCCUAUCAAGGGGGUAACAGUGUUAGUGAAAGGCCAUGCCAGUAUUUGGUGCCUUGGCCGAUUUGACGCUGCUUGCAGCAUCGUGCCUGGGCUGGCUUCCCCAUGGCGAGGGGCCCUGGUCUUGCAAGGUUACCUCCUGCUUGUACAUGGCUUUGCAGAUGUUGCACCGUAUUUAAUUUGUAUUUCCCGUUUAGAAGGAGGUGUCUCGCCUUUAUUUAUUUCUUUAUUUAUGAUGCAUAUUAAUAAAAAAGGUGCUGA